UCAGUGUUUAGGAUUCCUCAAGACAGAGAGCUUCCUCUCUUACAGAAGCCAUGCGUUUCCUGAUGCUGACCUUGAUUUUCUGUGGGUUGUUAUCUCAGCUGGCCCAAGCUGCCUGGAAUGUACCAAAAUGCUGGAAUGAUGUGGGCCACUGCAGAAGACGAUGUUUAGAUACUGAAAGGUAUAAACUUCUUUGUAAGAACAAGGUUUCAUGCUGCAUUCCCAUACGAAAGUCAUAUGACAACACUCCAAAGCCAGUGGUUCCCUCGGUCCUCAACAUACAGGAUAUAGCAAAUGAUAUAGGUAGUUGGAAUCCUGUUUCACCAGGAUUGAAUGAUGAGGUAACAUUUAGUGACACUGAGUUUGAAGAAACCACAACAACAAUAACUGAGAGUUUUACUUCUGAAACAGUUUCUUAAAAGUCCAUGGUGCCACCUGUUGAGAUGACACUAUCUGGCAACAAAAAUGCUGCUGAAAGGACUUUCUGGGAAGCUCACUCUGCCAAUCAAAUUUCACUGGAAUGAUUUCAUCAGACACUGGAUGGACACUGUCACUAGGCCAAAUGCAUCCGUCAAAACAAUAACAAUUAGAAAUGAGUAGAUGUGAGAAAUCUCUUUACUGGACUUAAACUGUUUUAUCUAGAUUCUGAUUUAUUAAAAUGUAUGAGCUAAAGAAGGAAAGCCAUGCUGUUAUG